CCAGGACUCAGAGUCUGCCGCCAUAUUGUCCACAAAAUUUCACGUAAACCUCUCUCAAACCUCGGCAGUCGCUCAUAUACCAGGAAAAUACUUAUCUUCAAGGCUUUCCUGACCCUUUUGCAGCUAUGGUGAGUUAACAUACCCAUGUAUUUUGGGGGUACUAAGCACAAACUCGAAAGCUUGAGAAAAGUUAAACGCUUGAAGGUAAAAGUCUUCAAUGCGCGCAUUUAGGCUUACAUGUAAAAUGUUGCCCCAUGUUAUUUUGUAGUCGAAGAAACGAGGCCUGAGUUUGGAAGAGAAAAGAACACGACUCUUAGAACUUUUCUAUGAAAAGGUAAGGUACUGUUGUUUGCAAAGCCAAACUGAAACAGGUGAGGUCCAAGAAAUAACAAAUGUCCCCCCGGUUGAGGGCCUCCCUUUCCCCCUUACCCCUGCAGUAUUCUGUAAACUCGGAGUCCUCCCUAACAACUUCAUACGAAAUGGUCGUAUCGCUUAAGAAUUUCGUGAAAAGACGCAUACUCCUCAAGAAUGCCAUCAAAUGUGUGUUCACUCCUAAAGAAUGCCCCUUAAAAUCAGCAUUGACCCUUCUCCUGAAGAAUUCCACCACCCAAGUCAUCACCUGACUCGUCUGGGGAAUGCUUGUAUUCUAUAACCUCAAUCCCAGCUUUUUUCGCAAGAAAUAAAGGGCAGGAAAAGAAAACCCCAAUUACUAAGGAUAACCCCCUUCCUUGUAUUGAACAAACGUUCACCGAAUGUUGCAUCGAGAAAUGAGCUUGGUAGAUUAUCUCUAAAUUUACAAAUAACAAUGAACAUUUUCAAAUUUUGGAUUCACCUUGAAAAUCAACCCCCUGACAGCAUUGCUAAACUCUGCUUAAACAUAUCGGAUAAAAUGGCCGAAGAAAAUAAAUCAGGUCUAAUAAAUAAAAUAAAUCUUUUGAGUACACAACUUAAUAUUCACAAACAGUCAGUUAACUUUAAAAACCCUUCUACUUUCCUAUCCAAAGCUGAGAAUACUUUGUCAAAACAUCUGAAAAACCACCAGCUAAAUUUGAUCAGAACAAAUAAAAAACUAAAAUUCUACUCCAUCUUUAAAAAUGAAACAAAUCACUCUGAAUUCAUCAAUCAUAUCCGGAAUCCUGAACAUAGGCGUGUAGCUUCCAAAUUUAGGAUAGGAAAUCAUAAUUUAAAAAUAGAAACUGGAAGAUUUACAAUCCCCAAAACUCCUGAAGACCUUAGAAUCUGUGAUCAUUGCAGCCAAAAUUCGGUUGAAAAUGAAUUGCACAUAUUAUUUCACUGUGAUAAAUACAAUGAUUUGAGAAAGACUCUUUUUAUUAAAAUCAACGACCGAAAUACAUUAUUUACACACUACAAUAUCCAUGAUAAAGUCUGUUUUCUUUUUAACAAUACUGAUUCACAUAUAAGCAGGCUAGCUGCUAAUUUCAUCUUUCAAGCAUUUGAAAGACGAAAGAAACAUAGUUAAUUCUACUAUUCCAUCAUACCUGUAUUUCCUUAAACUUAGCUGUUUAUUAUUGUUAUUUUAAUCGGUAACACCUGUACAAAAUGGUAAUACUGAAUAAACUUGUUGUUGUUGUUGUUGUUGUUGUAUUAGCUUUACCCCCCCUUGGACAAAGUAGCAAAUAAGUGCUCCUCCUUAUUCCCGCCCUCUUUCUUUAAUAACCCUUUACGUCCCAGGAGUGACCAUCAUCAAGGUUCUCCUAACAAUAAGAGAGAUAAGGUUAUGAGAAUUAUCAAAAUGUUCACCUGAGAACAUUUUCUUUUCCAUUAAACUAACAUUUUAAAAAAAUUAAAACAGUGGCAGUGUGGCCAAAGAGAUCAGUGUGUUGGACUUCCAAUUUGGUGAUCCUGGGUUCAAAUUCCGCUCUGGCCACUUGCUGGAUUUGUUCUUGGUCAUCCCGAGGUCAAAUCCUCCUGGGGUUCUUAAUCCUGUUAUGUUAUAUUUGAAUUAUUUGUUUUUUAAGUAUUUGAGUGGAGUGCCUGUAAACUAGCUGGAUAAGCUAAGUGCAGUUUCCACUAUAAACAAACUUCAAAUUAAUUUUUUUGAAUUUUUUUAAAGUCCAUUGCAUGUCACCCUUUUCUCACUCACCUUGCAGACCAAGUUCUUUAAAGUCAACCAUCUGUUCUUUUCAAAAUUUUUGUAUCCUCAUUAAAAAAAAUGUUAACUUUGCAUUGCUUUUGAUACUUUUCAUUUUAACAGAAAGAAUUUUUUCUGCUCAAGGAACUAGAGAAAAUCGCACCAAAGGAAAAAGGAAUUAGUAAGUAAGCUAAAAGAAAUUCAGAAAUUAUAUAUUUUUUGCAAAAUUUGAUUCAGGUAUCAUUAAUAAUAACUUUUGUCUUCUGUAGCAUCCAUGUCUGUUAAGGAAGUGUUACAAAGCUUGGUUGAUGAUAAUCUAGUAGACACUGAUAAAAUUGGUACUUCCAUUUAUUUUUGGGCUUACCCAAGCAAGGCCAUGCAUACAGUAAGUCUGGACCAUCAUUUAUAUCAGUCCUUUAAGCAUCAACAGUUAUGAGCAACCAAUGUUUAUUUCAUUGUACUUACACCCUUCAGCGACAGCAAAAGCUUCAACAGCUCACAGAUCAAAUCAGUGAAUGUGAAAAGAAAAUUGCCUCUACAACAAAGCUAUUGAAGCAAGCUAACAGUGGCAGAGAGCAGUCAGUAAGUACAAAGUACCAACUUUUUGUAUUGUCAUUAUAUUCAAGCUCUAGCAUAUGUAUGUAAAAAAUAAGAUCACUUCUACUCCUAUGCUACCUGUCAUCCUUGGUUCUCCACACAUUUUACUGUUGUUCUUGUAAUGUGGUUCUGACAACCUAAUAAUAAGCACCCAUCUCGAAAUAAUUUAUGUAUGCUUAUCUGUUAUUUCCAUUUUUGCUCUUUUACCAUGCUCUAUGUAAGUAUAAGAUAUAGAGUUUCAGUUUAUUGAAGAAAACAGUAAUAAGUACCCACUUUUAUGACCAAUGUCCCCUUCUUGAAUCAGUACCCUCCAUUACAUCUGAAGUUGUACAUCAGUGAAAUACAGCAUGUUCUUCAAUACCAGUAAGAGUCCCAGUGAGUCACUUUGUUAAAUCAAAAUUGCCCCUGCAUGAAGACCCCGCCCUUUUUUAAAUACUGCAGGGUACACUGGGAAAUAGAAGACUGGGGGCCGAGAAGUCCCCAAGAUUCCUUUAUCUAACUUUUUAUGAUUUGAUAAUUAUUAUAAAUAUAGUCUGAUAGAGAUACAGUUCUCAAAGAGUUGGCUCAAAAAGAAAAACUGUGUAAAGAACUGGAACAAGAGCUUGAGAGAUACAAAGAAUGUGAUCCAGAAGUACUGAAAAAUAUGCAACAAGAAACAAUAAUGGCAAAAGAAGGUGCUAACCGCUGGACUGACAAUGUCUUUACAAUCAAGACAUGGUGCGUUAGGAAGUUCAGUCUGGAAGAAAAAAUGAUUGACAAAAACUUUGGAAUUCCAGAGGAUUUUGACUAUAUGGAAUAA